AUGUCUGCACAGAAGCAGGGCGCAUCCGCCCCCCAGCGCAAGGAGUACACGCGCGAGGAGGUCGCCAAGCACAACAAGCAGGGCGACCUCUGGAUCGUCAUCGACGCCGAGGUCUACAACGUCUCCAAGUUCUCCGAGCUCCACCCGGGUGGUGAGAACGUCUUCCACGACGAAGAGGUCGCCGGUCAGGACGCCACCGAGACCUUCUUCGGCCUCCACCGCCGCGAGGUGCUCUCCAAGCCCCAGUACCAGCGCCUCAUCAUCGGCACCAUCAAGGGCGAGCAGUCCAAGCUCAAGCCAGACCCGCUCGGCAGCCCUUCGCGCGUCCCCUACGGAGAGCCCACCUGGCUCACCCCCGCCUACCACUCGCCCUACUUCAACGACUCGCACCGCCACCUCCAGCGCGAGUGGCGCAAGUAUGUCGACGAGAACAUCAUCGAGGUGGCGCAGCGCUGCGAGGACUCGGGCAAGCGUCCCGAUGUCGAGCUCGUCAAGAUGCUCGGCAAGAACGGCAUCAACGCCAUGCGCAUGGGCCCCGGCAAGCACCUCCACGGACGCACCCUCUUUGCCGGCAUCAAGGGCGAGGAGUUCGACUACUUCCACGAACUCAUCCUCACCCAGGAGCUCGUCCGCUGCGGCCAGCGCGGAUUCGGCGACGCCCUCAACGGCGGCAUGGUCAUCGGCCUGCCCCCCGUGAUGAACUUUGGCUCCGACGAGCUCAAGAAGGAGAUUGUCGAGCCCGUCCUCGCCGGCGACAAGUUUAUCUGCCUCGCCAUCUCCGAGGCCUUUGCCGGCUCCGACGUCAUGGGUCUCCGCACCACCGCCACCCUCACUGAAGACGGCGAGCACUACAUUGUCAACGGCACCAAAAAGUGGAUCACCAACGGCACCUUUGCCGACUACUUUUCCACCGCCGUCAAGACCGACCAGGGCUUCGCCAUGAUCUGCAUCCCGCGCUCCGCCGGCAACGUCGAGACCAAGCAGAUCAAGACGUCCUACUCGACCACGGCGGGAACCGCCUACGUCACCUUCGACAAUGUCAAGGUGCCCAAAAAGUACCUCAUCGGCGAGGACGGCAUGGGCAUCUACUACAUUCUCUCCAACUUUAACCACGAGCGCUGGGUCAUGUGCUGCUCCACCAUCCGCGCCGCACGCGCCGUGUGCGAGGAGUGCAUGCUCUGGAUCCACCAGCGCAAGGUGUUUGGCAAGCCGCUCACCUCGCAGCCCGUCAUCCGCCAGAAGCUCGCACAGAUGAUCUCGCUCGUCGAGGCUGCGCAGAACUGGCUCGAAAACGUGACGUACCAGAUGUGCAAGAUGUCCUACGCCCAGCAGUCCAAGUUCCUCGCGGGUCAGGUCGGCCUGCUCAAGUCGUGGUCCACGCGCGUCUCGCACGAGGUCGCCGACGGCGCCGUCCAGAUCUUUGGCGGUCGCGGCCUCACAAAGACGGGCAUGGGCAAGUUUGUCGAGAUGUUCCACCGCACCUACAAGUUUGACGCCGUGCUCGGUGGCUCCGAGGAGGUGCUCGCCGAUCUCGGCAUCCGACAGGCGCUCAGGAUGAUGCCCGAGAACGCGCGUCUCUAA